GACGUUUGGCAAAGCGCUAGCAAACCGUUUCGUCUUGGCGCUGUCAGGGACAAACGAAAAUCGUAAAUAUUGCUUCAUUAUAGCCAUUUUAAGUAGUUUAGUGUACUGGAGAACGGGAAACAGAAGACGAUACCGCGUCCAGACAAUCUUAAAACCACUUUCUGCCGAAUCCGAAUUUUUUUUGUUCUGCGAGAGCGAUGCUGUGAUGCAGCAUGAUGAUGGGCGCUCAGCAGCGUUGAUCGAAACAGCAGCAGCAGCAGUAGCAGCAGCAGGAGGAGCAGCAAUAAGAGCAAUAACAGCAGCUGCAGCAGCACCAGUAAGAGCGCGUAGAGGAUUUUCUCUCGCCCUGUCCCGUCCUCUCCUGCCGAUGCUGAGUCGCCGCCGUCGCCUGUGAGCAAGAGAUCUGGCAAGGAUUUUGGAAACGUAUCGUGCGAAUCGUGCUGCGGAACAGAACGGUGGUGGGUCGCUUCGCCACACCGAACGAGAAACUGUGCUGGAAAGGUGGCUGAGAUGCCACAAACGGCCGACGAGGUGGAAGAAGAUGGCAGCAAAAAUAUGGUCUCUAACCUGCCGCUCCUGUUCGCGGACGGCUACCCUUCGUCACUGCAGAAGAUCACCGAGCCGCAGCUGGAACGGUUCAUCCCGUUCAUGGUGCAGUGCUCGCUCGGCUACGUCCACAUCCAUUCGAUGACCGAGUUCAACAAGCCGGAAUGGUGGCCGACCGAUCUGGAGUUUACGAAACCGUUCCGACGACCGAAAUCAUUCACUGGGAACUGGCUGCAAAAGAUGCGAGAGAUCGUGGUAGUGUGCUACACCUUCCACCAUAGCGUCUAUCUGCUGCGGUACUGUUCCGAUCUGGCGAAGUAUCAACCGACGGCGCUACGGUUCAUCAACAAUUACAACUCCACCACGUCCCUAUUUGAGCGAGCCACGAACAAGCUGCUGGUUACGUUUCGCAAUGAAAAUAUGCUGUACGACCAGGAGCAGAAGAUCAACAGUCGCAAGUGCCUGCUGCCGAAGCAAUCGAACUCGCAAUCGAGCUUGGCGACCCAGGAGGAAAUGGUCAUAUCAGAAAGCUUCGAUAUCUAUCUCUGCGACAACUGUGAUGCUGAGCUAUACUCCUACGGUGCACUGGUGGAACACGAGAAAACCUGCAAUAGCGAGCAAAGCAAUCCAGAGCUGGAGUACACUAGCGACGACGAUGACGUGAUCUUUUGUGGAGAAGUGUGCGGUGACCAGCAGCUGCCACUCGAUGAGGAAGCCCGUGCACAAGCAGAGCAGCAAAAGAUGGUAUGCUUCCUGUCGCAGAACUUCAUGCUGCGCUGCACAAAACCAACAGACCCGUCGAGCGGUUCGUCGCUCGUGCCCGUACCGAAGUCAAACAGCACCGAGACGGAAGACAGUGGCACGGUGGCACCGGGCGCAAACCAUCGCCGCGUACCUAGACGCACCCGCCAAGUCGUUACACUCGCCAAAUGCGCUCAAAUUCCGCUCUCGUCACCGUUGGGACUGUUUAUGGUAAAAACCUCCAAAACCAUUACCACCACGGACUACCUAUCCGAGCGGUUCGAUCGCAUGGAACGAUUCUGUCUCGCACCGAGCUUACCGCCCGGUGCCGGUUUCCUAAUGCGAAAGCGACUGCUUAAGGGUGGCUCGUCGGAAGAACUGGCCGCCCACGAUCGGCGGCUGCCGAAGUGGUUGUUUGCAAAGCCCAAAACGGGUGGCGGACCAAACGGGUGCACCGUGACAUUCAAACGGGCUGCGGACGACUCGAGCGAACGGUCGAUACGGCACUACAAGCAUCCCCGGCGACAGCUGUCCCGCAAGCAUUGGGAGGAAAACUUCCUGUUCUACAACAAACUGCUGCUGGAGCGUUGCCGACCGUUUGUGGUGGCGUUAAUAAGACUGACGCCUGCUGAAGUGCAGGAGAUUGCAAUGUUGCCCGGCAUCGAGCGGCAAAUCAGGGAAGCGGAACUAGCGGCCAGCCUGGAGCGGCAGCGGCGGAAAGAGCUGGCGGAAAUUGCAGACAGUGCAAUGGUCAUUGACAGCAUCGAUCUCUGCUCUUCGGACGAGGAACACACGCAGGAGGACGAUGAUGCACAGGAGCUGUUCGCCAGUGGCAUGGUGCCGGAGGUGCACAUGAGGGAGGAUGAUGAGGAGGAUCAGCAGGCGGAUCAGCAGGAGGAGGACAGAAACGCGAUGCAGCAGGAACAGAAUACUCGCACUAACAACCAGCCCGUUGCACAGGACGAAAUCGAAACGAUCGUGUUGGAAAUGGACGACAGUAUGGGCAGCGACACGAACGAACUGGCAAACGCUAGCUUCUACGAAAAUCGUUCCUCCCAGCAGAAGGGUGCAUUACCGGUCGAUGUGCACUCUCCGACCGUACCGAGCAUAGCGAAGAAAUCGAUCAUGGGCACGAUGCUUAGCGAGAGCACGUAUCGGUUGAACCAGUCACUUCCGGCGGCGCAUACGAACGGGCGACACCUGGAAGAGCUUGCCGCACCGCUGUACCUGUACGGGAACUGCAGCCAAACGGCAGCAGUGAAUAUGGCCGACGAGACGCCACCGCUCGCCAACGGCAAUCGAUUCGGCACCGCCCGAAAGGGCAGCAGUUUGCCGUCGAAGGAGAACGUCAUGAAUGGGUUUGGGGGCACUGGCGGCAGCCCCACGAACGGCGAGAGUGCCGCCGUUCCCGUGCACCAUCAGGCGACGGCACAAGCGCGCACGCUGCUACUUGCCGCACCGAUCACCAACGGUCAUCCCCUAUUCGGAACCAUUCCAGUUUCGUUCGGCAGCGGUGCGAGCUUGCACCCGCGUACGAGCGCUUCCGUUGUCCAGUCGAUUACGACGACGUCCUGCGUGAACCAAACGGUGCACGGGCACGCGUCGCUCAAUCACAGCAAUGGGCCGACCUCGGCGACUGUCACCGGCACAGCCGCAGCCAAUCUCCAGUAGGAAAAUAAAUUUACAGUAAUUGUAUACAUGUUAGGAGCUCUUUAGACCUAUUUAUGAGACGCAAGCGGACAGAGAGAAUCUGAGUGGCAGUUAUACUUUUGUUUCCUCUUCAUAGCUUUCAUUUUGAAUCCGUUUUCCACAGCGGUUUUAUGAUAUUACAUUUUGUUUUACGUCCUUACGUCUGAACAGAUACACAUUCGACGAGAAAUGUAAAUAAUUAUGCAGACUA